UUUAAUCACAACGACGAUAAAGAACAUAAACAAGAAGUCCCGAAGAGGCUAACAGCUAGUGUGGUUUUCUGUCGUUUUCGUGUUUUGUUUUACUCUGAAUAAUCUUUGAGACCAACACAAGAGCUCAAGAUGGGAAAGCGACAGCACCAGAAAGACAAAAUGUACAUCACAUGUACAGAAUACACCAACUUUUAUGGAGGGAAGCGGGCAGAAAUCCCACAGGCGAACUUCAGACGGCUUCCAUUCGACCACUGCAGCUUGUCUCUUCAGCCGUUUGAGUAUCCUGUUUGUACUGAGGAGGGAGUCGUCUUUGACCUGCUGAGCAUUGUUCCAUGGAUCAAGAAGUACGGCACCAAUCCGGCCUCUGGAGAAAAACUGGAGGCGAAAGCCCUCAUCAAACUGAACUUUGCCAAGAACAACGAUGGAAAGUAUCACUGCCCUGUUCUCUACAACGUCUUCACAAAUAAUUCUCACAUCGUUGCCAACAAGGUCACCGGGAAUGUGUUUUCUUAUGAGGCUGUUGAGCAACUCAACAUCAAGACCAAAAGUUUUAAAGAUCUGCUGACCGAUGAACCUUUCACCAGAAAGGAUCUCAUCACGCUUCAGGACCCCACAAAUCUGGAUAAAUUCAACGUUUCUGACUUUUUCCACGUAAAAAACAACCUGAAAGUGUUGGAUCCAGAUGAGGAAAAGGCCAAGCAGGACCCGGCGUACCACCUGAAGAGCACCAAUCUGGAGACCAGGGAGACUCUGGCUGAACUUUACAAAGACUACAAGGGGGAUCAGCUGCUGGCUUCCACCAUGAAGGAGCCGCAGGCCAAGAAGACGGACAAACUAAACGCUGCCCACUACUCCACAGGCAGAGUUUCUGCCUCCUUCACAUCCACAGCCAUGACUCCUGCAACGACACAUGAAGCAGAUGCCAUCUCGGACGACACGGUGCGCUACCAGUACGUGAAGAAAAAAGGCUACGUCCGUCUGCACACCAACAAGGGAGAUCUGAAUCUGGAGUUGCACUGUGAUAAGGUUCCCAAAGCUGGUGAGAAUUUCAUCCGUCUUUGUAAAAAAGGCUACUACGAUGGGACGGUCUUCCACAGGUCCAUCCGGAAUUUCAUGAUUCAAGGAGGAGACCCCACAGGCACUGGCACAGGAGGCGAAUCCUUCUGGGGGAAACCUUUCAGGGAUGAGUUUCGGCCAAACUUAUCUCACACCGGCCGGGGGGUUCUCAGCAUGGCCAACUCGGGUCCAAACACCAACAAGUCUCAGUUCUUCAUCACAUUCCGGUCUUGUACCUACCUCGACAGGAAGCACACCGUCUUUGGCAGGAUUGUCGGUGGAUUCGAGACCCUCACGGCCAUGGAGAAUGUGGAGAGUGAUCCCAAAACAGACAAACCCAAGUCGGAGAUCAAGCUCAUCAGUACGACCGUGUUCGUCGACCCGUACGAAGAGGCUGACGCUGAGAUUGCAGCCGAGCGAGAAAAGGAGCUUCAGAAGCAGGAGGAGGAGAAGCAGCAGGCCAACAUCGCCCUGAAGAAAGCCAAGGAGGACCAGGCGCCGAAGACCUUCAAAGAAGGUGUCGGGAAAUACAUCAACCCUACCACAAUAAAACGCUCAGCUGCUGAAGACGACAGCGGUCCGUCCACCAGCGGAGUAGCAGCCAAGAAGUCCAAAGGGAAGAGCAGCUUCGGAGACUUCAGCUCCUGGUAGCACCGGCGCCUCCAGCAUUUACCAUUCUGAACUUUAACUGGUCAGCGUGACCGCGAGCAGAAAUAAUUUCAUCCGUACUCUAGAUUUUUGUAACGUCUGUCAUCUCUCAGUGGUGUUUGCAUCUUGUGAAUCUAUACAUUAAAGCUACUUUUUUCAUA